AAAGUUAUUUGCAAAAUGUUUGUCAAAGUAGCACUGGUAUGCAUUUUAGCAGCCUGUCCAUUUGUUUGUGAAGGGGCCCGGUAUGGUUGUUACGCAAACCCCACAUCGGCUAUACCCGGGUGUAGCUGCACCUCCCAAUGGGUGGCUACGGACUAUGUAUACAAAACUGUGGUCACGUGUCAAGGGACUGUAGGUGCAGCUUCGGACUUUAAGGACAAUCUACGAAAACUAGAUGGAUACAAAGUGGACGACUUUAUAAUCACGGCCUACCCUAACACCCGACUCCCGGAGGAGCCCUUUACAGAUAAAACCGAAAUCAAACGAAUCAUUAUUCAAAACUCACCCAAACUGGAGGGCUUUGGACCGAAGGGUGGGAAAGGGUUUUUCGCCAAUUUAGGAAAAUCAUUGAAGUCAUUGGUGGUGGCAAAUAACCCGGCUAUUCGCGAUGACGAAUGGGCUACUAUUGCUACGUCGCUGGCAAAUGGGGGCACUGCUGAUGAUGAAGGAGGCACUGGAAAGGCGGCCGGCGAUGUUGUACUCAAUAACCUGGUCAUUCAAAAGCAAACAUUGUUUGACGACCUGGAUGCGUUCACCGCAUUGACCACGCUUGAAAUACUUGUAUUACGCGGCAAUGGAUUCACCUCGUUCAAAUAUGAUUUGAGUGCAUUCACAAACCUCCAAGUCCUGGACUUAUCUGAGACACCGGCGCUGAAAAAGUUUGAAUUAUCCGCUGCACUUCCCGCCAAUUUGAAAACAAUAUUUCUCAGUGGCGGCAGUAUUGAGACAAUUACGACGGCUUCCUGGACAUUCUUAGUUGUGGCUGAUUUUAUUGAUUUAUCAAAGAAUGCGAACCUGGAUUGCAACUGCGAUAACCUUCCCACUGGUUUUGUGAGCGAGGAAAAUGAAAAGAAAUUUUUGGGGGCGACCUGUGGUAAACCAGAUGCGGCUAAGGCUAAGGCGUUUGGCAGUUUUUGCGUACAGACUGAUUAUUUCAUGUCCAUGGCUGCUGAUGGCAAACCGCAAAUGUCCAGGUUGUAUUCAUAAUUGUUAUAGACUUACAGUUUGUUAUAGAGAGUCUCUCCGGAGAUUUCAAUAAUUUGUUAU